UGUCACAGUAAUACAAAAUGUUCAGACUAUUUUUUGGUGACAAAUAAUCGUUCAUUAAAUAACAAAGUAAAUGUAUGAAUGUUAACAGUUUGUGUAGCAAGUUAUAGCACAGUUACAGUUGAACCAUGACUGCCAAAAUUUCUGAUGAUUUAGAAACAUUGACUUAUAUACCUGAAUCAGAAAAUGGUGAAGGAAAUGUGAAACUGAAACCGGAUCUUGCAGCUAGAGGAUCUGAAACUUUAUUCCUAUUUCAACAUGUAACAAAAGAAACUGCACCUACAACUUUCGAAGAAGCUGCCAAACUAAUAGGAUUUGGCAAGUUCAACAUUUUGCUGAUCAGUCUAACAGUUUUUGGUAUAUUCUCCCACAUGUUUGAGGCUGGUUCAGUGUCGUAUAUACUUGCAGCAGCUCAAUGUGACUUAAAUUUAUCUUUACAACAAAAGGGAUAUCUAAAUUCUAUCAUUUUUGCAGGAAUGAUAUCCGGUUGUUUCUUUUGGGGUUUCCUUUUAGAUGUUUACGGACGACAGAAGUUGAUGACGAUAGGUUAUCUACUUGCCGCAGGUUUCAAUUUUUUAGGCAGUCUUUCUCAAAGCUUUGAUAUGCUUUUAUUCUGCAAAUUUUUUGGAGGAUUUAUUAUUUCAUGUCCCUUUGGUGCCAUGUCUGCAUAUUUAAGCGAAUUCCAUUCAUCUGAAUACAGAAACAAGGUUCAGUUAAUCAAUGGAACUUUAGCAAGCUUUGCUCAAGUUGUGGCACCUCUACUUGCUUGGGGAAUCCUCCCCUUACCAAUCAACUGGUCUUUAUUUGACGGAAAUGUUGAAUUGCAUUCUUGGAAUGUGUUCCUGAUGGUGACAGGAUUGGCCCCUCUGAUAGGUGGGAUUAUUUUUAUGUUUCUUCCUGAGAGUCCCAAGUUUCUAAUGACGUCGGGAAAAAACGAUGAAGCGAUGGAGAUCUUACGUACUGUAUAUAGUUGGAAUACGGGAAAUCCACCAAACACUUUUCCAGUUAAGAUGCUAGUGGAAGAAAAGGUUAAGGAUAACACAAACAAAAAUAUUCUGGAAGACAUCAGAGGAGGGUUUCGCACUUCAUUGACGUUAUUCAGACCUCCACAUCUAUGGAAGUUUCUUAUUAUUACCGCUGCAAUGACCUCGUGUACAUGCAGUCUUCAGUGUUUACGUCAGUGGAUGCCUCAGCUAUUUCAAUCGAUCGAAGACUACAAGUCUAUACAUCACGGCAAUAUUUCGGACGUUUGUACAAUGUUAAGUGGAUUAAACGUAGAGAGGAGGUCAAAUGACGCUUGUUCUACGGAUGUUACAAAAUCUAUGGUCUACAUAAACGCAAUGAUUGGUGCAACUUUUCAAGUCGUUGCUUAUUUUCUAACGGGGACCAUCAUAAACCUUUUAGGAAAAAAGAAGAUGCUAAUAAUGCUGCCUGGUGUUUCGGUGUUAUGCACUAUUGGACUAUUAUGUUUGCGAGGAGCUGCAUAUGUAACUAUAUUUACUGGAGUGUUCAUCGCUUGUGGACAUGUUAGUGCCUAUAUGUUCAUGUCUGUCAUUGUUGAUUCAUUCCCCACAAGUUUAAGGGCUUCCGCAUUGAUGAUAACGCCAGCAAUAGGACGCCUAGGGAUUGUUGGUACUAAUGCAAUAUUUCCGGUGUUGUUUAAACAAAGCUGUAACGCUGCCUUUAUGGUUAUUGGUGGUUCUAUGGCAGUGUCUGGAAUAUUGAGCUUUUGGCUGCCAGAUACAGAGCGCAAAGCUCUACAAUGAGCGAUUAUGUGAGGGGGUGAAUAGAAAAAUACUUCGCUUGGUUUUGCAAGUUCAAACUAGUUUUUGAUAUGUAUAAGAAUACUUGUCUAACAGCUGUGAUCUAACAUAAUAUAGUUUUAAUUUGUAGAUUUUGUUUAUAAAUAAUAAAUGAAUAUUAGUUUUA